AUGGCACACGGCGCGGAGGACUGCGCAACCGUGCUGGAGCAGUUCGUUCACGAUGUGGCGAAUCUUCCAGCCGAGAUCAACCAUUUGAUGGAGGAGAUUCAGGCCAAGGAUAAGGCCAUGCAGGAAUGUCGGGCCAUUAUCAACUCGCGCGACGGAAGCAUCCAGAAAUUCAUCAAGAUGAACGGCAGUCUAGCGGCAAAUCCAAAGGAAGAGCAAUACGGCAAGACUAUCCUGGAGAAUAUGGACCAAUCCUUCGAACUGCAGACCGAGAAGAUCCAGCUCAGCGAGAAAGCAUGCGUUCUCCUCGAUCGCCAGAUCAAACGGCUGGACGUGCGCAUUCGCGACCUGGUCAAUGAAGGCCUCCUCAUCAACGACCCUCCUCUUCCAUCUCUUUUCGAUUCGAAGAACAAAUACCGCAACCCGCCCAAGGUCUUCUUCCCUGACUCUACUCCAUCCGAAACCCCCGCCUACUCCGCACCUCUCAACCCGACCUCUGGGAAUGCGAAUCCUAUUCUAGCAGCUGCCCAGCGCCUCAGCCAAUCCACAGCACCCCGUACUCCCGGAUCUAUCACCGUACCAGGUCAAACCGCGGCGCGCAGCUCGGCACCAGCUACACCAGCCCCCGCAGUCGUCCAUCUCCAGCAACGACAGCGCGAGUCCUCCGCCGGAGCAGUGGACAGUAAGCGCCGCAGACUAAACCCAUCCCUCAACACCCUCCCAACUGCCUCAUCAAACCUCCGCCAAUCAUCUCUUGGCCCUGGCACACCGAAGCCCGGCACGCCUGCAGGUAGCCGUGCAGGCAGUGCCGGCCCACGCUCCAGCGCCGGCGUCAAGAAGGCACUGACGAAAAAGGUCGCGCCACAUCACCAAGUCAAGAAACUCAAAUCUCACCACGGCAAGCCGCUCAAGCGCUCUUCUAGCGCAAGUGGGCGCAUCAAAGCGUCGAAGAAGUCUCCUAAUGGCGAGGGCGAGGAGGAUGACGAUUCUAUGCUUAGCAGUGCGGAUACCUCCGACUCUGAUAAGAGCGAUGGCGGUGCAGUCGAUGACGAUAUGGAGGAUGAUGAUGAGGAUGAGGGAAAUGAGGAUUCGAAGGUCUACUGUACCUGCCGUACGGUUAGCCAUGGGGACAUGGUCGCUUGUGACAAUGAUGAAUGUCCCUACGAGUGGUUCCAUUGGAAGUGUGUUGGGCUUACUCGUGAGCCCGUUGGGACGUGGUACUGUGAUGAGUGCAGGCGCACUCUGGGCAAGUAA